AUGACUACGGAGGUGGUGAAGAAUACGACGGAGGUGGUGGAGAGUGAGUAUUUUACGAAGGAGGACUAUGAGGCUUGGGGAGGGCCGAGUGUAUACUGGGAUCGAGUGGCAGAAUCUGAUGGUUUCGAUAUCGAGGGUAUUCCAACAACACCAUUUUCCGGUGGACUGAUAGCCCGCAAUUGUAAUCUUAUGCCUGAGAAUCUCAUGGUCAAGCAUUAUGCUAUGUUGGGGCUUCAUCGUUACAAUAUGUCGGAGGGAACAAGCUUCGAGCUCGAUCGCCUAAUAAAAUACAACAAGUUACAGAACGCUGUCUCAUCUUACUACAUGACUUUGCUUGCAUACGAUCCUUCUCUUCGCCAAGAAGAAACCUUUCAGGUUCGAACUGAUGAACGGAAAGUUAACAGAUUGGAUGUGACCUGCUCUAUCUCUAGACCUAGAGAUAAAAAAGACGAAGUGUCCACAGAAGAGCUCCCCACAAAAGAGCCCUUUGUGCCUCACUUUUAUCGUUGCGCAGUCUCGGAUAGUACUUUAUUCAAUGGUGAAUUGCCUGAUUGGCCAUCAGAUGAUGCUCUGAAUGAUACAAACCGAUUUUACGUGUUGAAGGAAUCAGAGUGGCAAGCUACUGAUUGGAUUCAUCUCUAUAUGGAACUGUUACUUUGCGCAAAUGAUAGGGCGUCGGCGCAGCGCAGACCUGAUUUUAUGUCCGACUUACAGAUUCUGAAAGUGGCGAUUGAAACUGAUAUUGGAGGUAUGAAGCCGCCGAAUGAGAGACUCAAGGCCAACUGUGCAAAUGUCUACAUAACGUUUAAGGGUUUGGAAACGGUUCCACGAAUUGAUGAGAUUGGUAAGCAUGUUGAACGCAAAGCUAUAGUCAGAAGAGUCAUCAGUCCAGGAUUCUUGACCCUCGUGGGCAAGCAUUGGAGUGGUAAAGACACUGAAAAGCGUUCUGUGACUCUCAAGAGUGGAGAAAAUGUCCGGAGGUCUAGAAAGCGAUAUCGUUUUGGCUAG